AUGGCCCCGUCUCCCAUCGACAAGGACAUGGCCGAGCUGGUGAUCCCAUCGCUCCCACUGGAGACACGGUGCCCACCAUUUCCGCUCAGGCAGUACGGCGGCUUCUGGAUGCCGGAGCCGUUUCUUCCCGGCAUGGCUGCCGCACGCGCGGGGUUCCAGCCGAGGCCGUCCGACGUCGUCCUCGCCAGCUUCCCAAAGUCCGGCACCACCUGGCUCAAGGCCCUCGCCUUCGCCACGCUGAACCGCGCCGACCACCCGCCGUGCGGCCUCGACCAUCCGCUACGCCGCAGCAACCCCCACGACUGCGUCGACUUCCUCGAGGUGGUUUUCCUGCGCUCGGCGGCCGAUGAUGUGUUGGCGGCGCUCCCUUCGCCGCGCGUGAUCGCCACCCACAUGCCCUGCUCGCUCCUGCCGGAGCGGGUCAUAGCGGAGCCGGAGGGCGCGGGCUGCAAGACCGUGUACAUCUGCCGCGACCCCAAGGACGCGCUCGUCUCCAUGUGGCUCUUCACCAAGAAGAAACUGGAGGCCGCCGCCAAGGAGGAGGGCAGCCCGCCGAAGCUGUACACGCUGGAGAAGGCGCUGGAGCUCUUCUGCGACGGCCGGUGCAUCGGCGGCCCGCAGUGGCACCACGUCCUCGGCUACUGGGAGGCUAGUCGGGCACGGCCCAAGAAGGUGCUCUUCCUCCGGUAUGAAGACAUGCUUGGGGACCCGGUGGGCAACGUGAGGAAGCUGGCAGAGUUCACCGGGUGUGCCUUCUCUGAGAAGGAGGAAGCCGCUGGGGUUGCGCAGGACAUCGUGGAGCUGUGCAGCAUCGACGCUCUCAAGAACAUGGAGGUGAACAAAAAUGAAGUUCUAAAAUUUUGCAGUCAACACCCUAAAGUUUAUGUUUUCUUACAAACAAGGCCAAAAUUUUGACAAGUCGUGAGGAACUCUAGCCAAUCCCAUUCCCGCCAUCGCCGUGUAAUUCGCUCAAGCUUGUCGUCCGCCGGCAAUCAUGGCCCGGAAGCAGAUCAUCAUGUAUGCCAUGCUCACCGGGGAGCGGUGGUUGGAGCUCCAUCCGCCCGGAGACGGGGGUGGACGCACGGGCGGAGCUGUCUCCUUUCUUCCUCGGGGCUAUCGUGUCGAUGGUAGUCGAGGUAGAGGCGGCGUCGGUGUCGCAACCUUGUUUCUUUCUCGGCGGCCAGACGUACUCCGUACUAGAAAAAACACUUCUUCUUACGUGUAUAUGUAUAUAUAUACAUGUACGUGUAGGCACGGACGUAGUUUUUUCU